AUGAAUAAGUUGUGGGAUGUAAAUGACUUUUUGAAAAUUCAGGAUUAUAAAGUAGAUAGUAAAAUUAUUAAUAAACAUUGUAUACCAUAUAAAGGUACCACUACAUUAGCCUUUAUAUUCCAAGAGGGUAUGGUUAUUGCAGUAGACUCUAGAGCUUCAGCUGGUUCUUAUAUCGCUUCGCAGAACGUACAUAAAGUUAUUAGAAUUAACAAAUACCUUAUUGGGACAAUGGCAGGCGGUGCAUCUGAUUGUUAUUUUUGGGAAAAAAAGAUGGGAUUGUAUGCUAAAUCUUAUGAAUUAAAAAAUGAUAAAAGAAUUAGUGUAUCGGCCGCUAGUAUGUUUUUGAGUAAUUGUGUGUAUCAAUACAAAGGGCGCGGUUUGUCUUUAGGAUCUAUGGUAUGUGGAUAUGAUGGGGACAAGCCUUUAAUUUAUUACGUUGAUAAUGAUGGCAAAAGAAUUUCGGGUAGUCUAUUUUCUGUAGGUAGUGGAUCAACAAUAGCAUAUGGUGUGUUAAAUGAAUCAUAUAAAUUUGAUUUAAAUAAAGAUGAAGCUUUAGAACUUGGGAAAAAGGCUAUUUGGCACGCGACUCAUAGAGAUGCGUAUUCAGGUGGGAAUGUUAAUCUUUACUUUAUGGAUAAAAACGGAUGGGAUCAUGUUGGCACGUUUGAUGUUGAUAAAUUUAACAAAUAA